AGUCGCGCGACGCGCCAGUUGCCAGUACCUACACUGCAUAGCGUGCUUGCGGUUAUCUCAAACGAAAGAGGUCGCGAUAAAUGCUUAGUGGUACCGUUUAUGAAGGUGAUCGAUUUUUUUAACGAUGACAGGGCCUAUCUUGACUAAAAAUCAAUGUGACUGCACCACUGAACCGGCUGAUGAUCAAAGAAAUGAUGUCCUGAGUGAAGCACAUAUCCAGGUAGCCGAAUGGCGACUGCAUAAAGUGCAAUCACCCAUCGAGUUAAACCACGACGAUAGCAUCCACCAUGACCAUUUUGAGCCGCUUGAAUUCCAUGGUCAUUGGGAUACACAUGGUAUUGCUGCCUUUACUAACAACGGAUUCACUGCGACACUUCGAUUCAGCGACAAGGAACACAUGCCCUAUCUCAAAGGUGGUCCCUUGCAUGAAGAUGAAUACGAGUUCGAGCAACUUCAUUUCCACUGGAGCGAGGACGAUCACAGUGGUUGCGAACACAUUUUCGAAGGGAGAAAAUAUUCUAUGGAGGCUCAUGUUGUUCAUUUCAAUAAAAAAUAUAAAGAUUUCCAAGAAGCACACGACAAACAUGACGGUCUAGCUGUGGUUGCAUUUUUCUUGCAGGCAUCUGGAAAUGAAGAUAAUCAAGAUUUCAGCAAGUUGUCCACAUCUGUUUUAGACAUAAUCAGUAUUAACUCGUCAGUGAAGGUAUCCACAGGAGGUAGUGACAAGCUGAAGCACACAAGAGGGAGGGUCACUAGUGUUCUAAGAAUCACCUCAACGUAUUGCGAUGAGCUCAGGUCAUUUAGAAUUCUCAUUUUGCUCCAGCUUCAUGACGAUAGUGAUGUAAACAUUAGAGGGUGAUUUUAAUAAUGUAUGGACUGGAUAAAGGAGUCUGCCCAAUGUAAAGGAUAUUAUACUUACCAAGGAUCGCUAACUACUGAACCGUAUACUGAAAGUGUCACUUGGAUUCUCUACCCCAAGCCUAUCCAGAUUUCAGAAGAGCAGGUGGCCCAUUUCAGGAAGCUGAAAUGCUGUCCGUACGACAAGCAUAACAUCAAAGAAAACGUACGUCCAGUUCAAACUCCACCAGAACACAAAAAGUUGCAAAUAUUCUAUGCACGGUCUCACAGACGGUCGGAAUAAACACUUAUUAUUUUACUUUAGGCCAUUAGGUCAAUACUUUGUUGUUGUUAGAUACAUGUAGAGUUAUAUUUAACCGUAUUGUUAUAGAUACAUUAACCACAUAUUGUUAAUCAUUCUUGGAAAAUACAACAGUGUUUUCAAACCCUCCGUUUGGAGACCGUAAUAUAUAUUGUUUCAACUAUCAAGUCUCCCGUCUAUCUUUACCUUUGUCCCCCCUCUUAUGGUUAUUACCGCAGAUCUUCAAUAGGUAAUACUAAUUCGUUUUGUUUGAAAUAGACCGGCUGAGAGCAGCUUCCAGUGCUAAUCAGGGCCUUGUAAUACGUACCGGUUGGACCAACAAUGAGGAACGCCGUCUGUAUCUCGGCAACCGCUCAACCUAGAGCUAUCGGCUUAACAAUAUCACAAAAAAAGGUGGC